UACAUCAAUGUCAUUAUGUAAAAAUAUUUUUCUACAGCAAAUAACAACAAAUGUAGCUUUAGUGACACUUGGUCCUUGAACGGCAAUUUUGCAAAUCAAAUUUUGUGCCUUCCUAUAAAUAGAGAUAAUGUUGAACUGUAUUAGUUUGCUUUGUGAAUGAGCUGUAAGGGUAGGCCUAUAUAAAUAUGUUUGGCGUCAUUAAAGUUGACAGCUGAAAUUUUGUAGAUGUAAAUUAAAAGACACAACUUGGUGGAUGGUGGUUUAUUAUGAGGAUAUUCUUUGAGUCAAAAAAGUCAGAAUUAAAAAGAGAUAAUAAAUAAAGCAAAUAAUUUACCAUUCCAAAUACAUCUGGGUUGGAAUAUUUUUGACAUCCUAAAGGCUCAACUUUCAUAUUCGUCUCUUUGUGUUUUAUGUGCCAACUCAUUCGUGGUGCUGGAAAACAAUGCAAAACUUAAUAAUAAGUGCAGAUUCAUAAAAAAAUGAUCUUCAGUGACUCAUGGACAUGGGCUGGUUUUAUUAGUUUUAGUUUAUGGCCUCUUCACAAUAAAUUUUUAUUAGUUUCAUGUGGGAUUUCAUGCUAUGUUCAUUACAUUUUAUGACUCUUUCUUAGUAUUUUGAUUCAUAGUAUGAUUGUACCGUACCCAUUUGCGUAAAACGUUGGUGUAACAUCUAACAUGUUUGUGUCCGUUUAGUUAGAUCAAUAUAUUUACCAUUAAACUUUUUCUUUCUACUGCCUGGUGCUUUGUGGUCGAUGGGGCUCACUAAUAUUCUGUGAGUCAAUAUAGAUUGAUUUCUCACUUCAUAGUUCUAUUAUUUUUUGAUCGUCAUUCUUUUAUCUGUUGGCUUGUUACUCAUUCAACUUCCUGGUAUACUGUAUGCGAUUCGACUGUUGUAUACAUUUAUGUGCUGUUAUUUUUAAUUAGUACAGAAUGUCAUAGGAUAAUGUUACAUUUUAAAAAAUUUGGUGAUGAAAAAAUUUCAGAUAUUCACUUAUUUUUGGUCGGUUUUGCAUGUUUGUGCCUUAAUUAAUUUUCUUGACCUACCUAUGUGUAUUACUGUAUAUAGUUAUAUUUAUGAUGUAAAUAAUCUAAAAUGUGAGAAAUUUUUUUGAAAUAUUUUUGUUGAAUUUUACUUUGAAAAAUACAUCGAUGGAUACUGGAAGAGAUUUUUAAUAAAGGUUGGCGAUAUCAACUCAUUCACUUUGUGAAAUAGUUUAAUGUUUUCAAAAAUAAAAAUAAAAGUGUCAAAAUUAUUGUGUAUUAAAAAUAAAUUAUCUCAUUAUAUGGGCAAUGUGUCUUGUUAUUUCUACCAUUUUUGUGAUUUCUAACUUGUAUCCUCCUGUACUUUUCCGAGAAUUAUUCAAGCAAAAUUUCUCACAUUGUAAAGAUGUAACUAACAAACUGUUGUGUCUAAAUUUCCAGAUCAGAUAUAAAAUGUUAACGUAGCUUUAUAGUUGUAGAUUGCUUCUCCAUUGCUAUUCUUCAUUGGAGGGGAGGGAGGCUCAUCAGAGCGAAAAAAAAAUAUUCACCAUGGAGGGAAAUUCUCCAUACAUCACAAAUCUUGUAAAUAGCAUUAUUGGUGUCAGUGUUCUUGCUAUGCCAUUUUGUUUAAAACAAUGUGGAAUCAUCCUUGGCCUAGGACUCCUGUUUGGUGCAGCUUGGUUGACGUAUAUUUCAUGCAGUAUGCUUUCUAAUUCAGCCUUUUAUAAAAGAAGACGAACUUAUGAAUAUUUAGCAUUAUAUACAUUAGGACCAACAGGAAAAUUCACUGUGGAACUGAGCAUGAUUGGUAUGAUGCUCGGAACUUGCAUCGCAUUUUAUGUUGUCAUAGGAGAUUUAUCGAAUGGGAUAUUGUCGAGAUUUAUCGAUGGUGCAGAUCCACACACACUGAGAGUCUUCACUAUAAUAUUUUGUGCAUUAUGUAUCGCAUUACCUCUCGCAAUGAUGAAGAAUUUGUCUGUUUUAAGUUAUUUUGGAUUCUUCAGUCUUACUUUUUAUUUGGCUUUUGUUGUCGUGGUCAUUUUAAACGCUGUCAGUAAUGGAUUGUUAAGCUGGGAAUGGAUAUCGAAAGUGAAUUUAUGGCGACCGGCAGGAAUGUUUCAAUGUCUACCCAUCUUCAGUCUUGCGUAUGCUUGUCAAUGUCAACUAUUUAUUGUGUAUGAUUCAUUAGAAGAACCUUCAGUCAGAAGAAUUGAAGAUAUUGUUUCAAGUGCAAUCAAAUUUGUAACUGUUGUGUAUAUGUCUGUUGGAUUCUUUGGCUAUACAACAUAUCAAGAACAUAUAGCUGGGAAUCUUCUUGUCAGUUUUCCUUCAAAUAUGCUGCUGGAUUUCAUCAAACUUGGUUUUGCGAUGUCUGUUGUCCUCGGAUUUCCUCUCAUUAUAUUUCCAUGUAGACAGAGUAUUCAUACAUUGUUUUUUGGAAAGCCUGUUGGUGAAGGACUUCAACCAAAUACCUACAUUCCGCCAUUUUUAUUCAAAUCAAUAACUCUUACCAUUGUGCUGUCAACAAUGACUGUUGCUAUCAUGAUUCCUAAUGUUGAAACAAUCCUUGGAUUGACUGGUGCAACAAUGGGAUCCAUCAUCUGUUUCAUCUUUCCUGCUUUGAUAUUCGAUAAAGCGAAUCCUAAAGGAUCAGGAUUUGUUGCCAAGUUUGUGUUUGUCGUCGGCUGUCUACUGCUUGUGGUCUGCACUUAUUCAAAUCUUGCAAACACUGGAACUGCUGUUGUGGUUGAAAAUAAAACUCCUCUUGUUCAUGAUGAACCCAAAUUACCAGCUAUUGAUCCUCGUGACAUAAACAACAACCCAGUAGUCGAUAAACCAGUGGAAACUGAUAACAAAGUUAUUGAAAAAGAUGAGCCUGAUGAUGGAGGAGGACAAGAUAAAGAUAAAGCAGAGGCUGUGGCUGAAGUGCAUGAUGAUGAACACAGGCACGAGCCUCCCAUUCCAAUUGAUCCAGACAAUCCUGCAAAUGGGAAUGAUAAUGUAAAGUCACCUGAAGAAGAUCAGAUUGAUACUGGAGGAAAUAAUCCUGUUGAAUCAGAGAAAAAACUCGAAGAUCAAGUUCAGGUGGAUCCUGUAGUUCCGAAGGACGACUUACCAAAACAAGAAUCUCCUAAAGUAGAUUCAAACAUCCAACCUCCAGAGGAAAAACUAGAAGAGGAGCGCCAGAAUCCUCCUGUAUUAUCACCAGUGGAAAAACAACACCAGGAACCUGUAGAACAUCCUAAUAUAGCUGAUCAUCAAGCUGUAGAAACACCAAAGAAAAGCGAGGAUAUCCCAGUGAAACGUGAGGCUUCCAAAGACAAUGUAGAAAAAAUGAAUUCUCCCGUUGAUGAAGCAGAACAACAACAUCACGAAGUAAAUCAACCAAAAAGUCUUUCGAAAGAAGAAGAAAUCCAGAAACAACCUCCUCCAGUCCCUCAACAACCGGGAAUAGCAGCCAAAAUACCACCAAGCAACGUCAAACAAGAAGUCAGACUACCAAACCAAGAAGUUCAUGUUCAACCUCAAGUUGAUCAAAAUAUUCAACAACAACAACUGCAGCAACAACAACAACAACUGCAGCAGCAACAACAACCAGGUCAACAAAAUGUCAUGCAACCUCAAGCUCAACAAGGGAUUCAAGAAGGCAAGGAAAUAGUGAAACCUGAUUCUCCAGGGAAAGUAGUUGAUCCUGCUCAAGAAAAGGAACUUUUGGAAAAGAUAAAAAUCCAGCACGAUAAACAACAACAAUUGUUAAUUGAACAAGAAGAAUUAAUCAAGAAAUUAGAAGAACAUCAAGAUAAGAAAGAACAGGCAGGAGAAGAAAAGCCAGAGUUCCUCGACAACAAUGAAAACAGAGGAGAAAAUGCACCAGUGAUUAGACCAGUUCAACCUGUGGCAGGAGACUCAAAUAAGGCACCGGUGGCACCAAUUGGUGGCAUAAACACAGGCAUGGACAAACAAAAUGACAUGCCAGAUAAAAACGUAAUGCCACAACAUCAGGGUGGUGGUGAAAAAGUAAUGUUAGGGAGAGAGAUAUUGUCUGAUGAUCUUGGCACACCACAAGUGCAGGGUGACAUUAAUGAAGCGGCACAACAUAUAGUGCCACAAAAUAAUCAACAGGUGCCACAAAAGGAUGACAUACUCUUGUCAGAAGAUAGGCUUCAUGUUGAAACGGAAGAGAAACCUGUUAUUAGACAAGAACGAGCUCUUGGAGAUUCUCCGGAAGAAAUAGACAAAGAAAUUGAAAAAGAACUUUCAAAAACAGAAAAAGAAGACUCAAGAGUAAAUAAUGAGAAAAUUUUAGAGAAAUCGGAGGAUAGUUUUAAUUUGAAUGCUAAAAUUAUUGAAGCAGAUAUCCAAAAUGAACAAGGGCAAAUUAGGACCCAAAAUGGCGAUCUUGAAAAUGAUCAGGGUGAAAAACUAACUCAAAAUGAUGAAAUUGAAUUAAAUUCUCAACAUUCAGAUAACAGUAUUAAUAACCCUAUAGAAGCUAAAAAUGCAAAAUUAGAGAAUCCAUCCCCAGACUCAAACGACCUUGACAAAGCUCUUGAUGAGACGGUCAAGGUCGAAGCAGAAAAAAUGAUUUCUGAUUGUUUAGAAGACGAUGAAAAAUGUUGGCAAGGGAGAGGGAAAAUGAGGGAAUUAAAAUCUCUGGAUCAAAUCGAUCUGUGAUAAUUUAUUCGAAGUUAGAUAUGUGCUACUGAUGUUCAUUUUUCCCGGAUUCAGAUUUUUCUUGUUUAGUCAUGCUUUUACCUCGUUUUAAAGGCUAGAUUCGAUUCUCAAAAAAGUAAAAUGUAAUACAGGGUGUCCAUAAAGUUUUGAAUAUUUUUUAAAUUGCAAAGGGAAUUUAUCGAUACCAUAUAUUGUUUUGGUCCUUAUGGAUGUAUUAUUAAAUGAAGUAAAAAUACUUGAACAAGUACUGAUUGAAAAACAACAAACCUGGUUAAGAUAUAUUGAGAACUGACUUAAUAACAAAAUUAAAAUUGUAAAGGGACUUUAUGGACACCCUGUUAUUUAUUUGAGACCAUAU